CAAUUUAGGGUUUAGUUGUUCUCGCAUUUUCCCCCAAUGGUGAGAUUUGGGUUUUCAAAAAAUACAAAGAAGCUUAAUUUAAUUUAGGAUUCUGAUUACUUUCUUCUAGUUUGAGAGGCUUCUUCACACUUCUUACAUCUUUCGUUUCCGCCGCCGGCGACUGGAGGAACCUUAGAAGAGGAAGUUGCCUUCUUAAGUGCUUAUCAUUUCUUUGUUUGACCAUGAAUGUCACUUCUUCUGACGGUGCUACAACAUUUUCUUCAUCUAGUAUUGGUAAUAUUCUCUCCCCUGGUUUGAGUUGUUCUGUGAGUAGAAAGGGUAACGAGGAUGGUGAAAGUUGCAAUACUAGUAAGGGGAAGCUCUUUCAAACUGGACAGAUCUGGUCAUUCUACAGUGGCAACGAUGACUUGCCUCUGUACUACGGUAGGAUUCAUAAGAUCACCGUUACUCAAGUGUUCGAGGAAGAAGCAGAAAUCAAAAUGUGUGUACAUCUGUUAAAGGCUGAUUCUUUCCCUGAGAAUGUCAUUCAGUGGGAGGACAAGAAUAUGCCUGUUGGUUGUGGAACUUUCUCCGUGACUAAAUGUUUCAGAAAAUUCACUACAGAUAAUGUUUCACUUCAGAUUGUGCCUCAGACCUCCAUGAAUGGAAAUGAAUAUAUCAUUCUGCCCAAGAUUGGGGAUGUUUGGGCCAUUUACAGAUCCUGGACUUGUCACAAUGAGUUCAAGGACAUUGGUUCCUGCACCUAUGACAUUGUCGAAGUUCUUGAUGACACUUCGGACUAUAAGGUUUUAGCGCUGGAGCCUGCGUUGUUUUCUAAUGAAGAGGAAGAUAAAAAGACAUUCUUCAGAGCAGCUGAGAGUAGGCAUCCUGAUUGUGACGAUGAGGAUGGGUCAGAAGUGAUAUUCACAAUCCCCAUGUCGAAAAUGCUCAGAUUCUCGCAUCAGAUUCCAGCUUCCCGUGUAACCAAGAAGAUAGACGGAGAGUUGAGAGAGCUUUUUGAAGUUGAUCCUAGAGCAUUACCUACAAACGUGAGGGUUUCAAGACCACUGAGCAAAGGGGAAGUGAGGGAAGGGUAGAGAAGGAUUCCUUUUUGGUGCAUUUUGUCAAAAGGUUUGUUCUUUGGUUUAAGAUGUAAGAUCUGAAACUUAUUUAGACUUUCUCCAUGGUUUAGAAGCAUGUGGUUCUUUUUAUUGGUUCAAAUCUAUGGAAAGUCAUUGUACUUUGAGAAGCUUGGAGAAUACUAGCUUUUGCAUCUCUUUUCUGGUCAAAAGGAUAACCAGCGGUGUAGAUUAGAAUGAUAAAUUUACUGAACUUUC